AUGCCGUUGGCCCAAAUGCCGUUGGUGAGUUAUAUUAUGCUUCAUUUAAGGCCCCUGCAAAAUGCCGUUGGUGAGUUAUAUUAUGCUUCAUUUAAGGCCCUUGCCAAAUGCCGUUGGUCACGUGAAGGCUCCCUAUAUAACCUUCAGACCAGACAGAAAGCCAUCAGUUGUUUCCCAGAUUCCAGGAUGAGUCGCAAGUCCCAAGCCACCGCCCAAAGCUCCUUCAAGUGCCAAGUGUGCGGCAAAGUGUUCGGCCAACAGGGUCAUCUGUUCAUUCACAAGAAUGUCCACGCGGAGGUGAGGCCCUUCGGAUGCGACACCUGCGGCAGGCGCUUCAGUCAGAAGGGAAACCUCCUUCGCCACUCGCUCUUGCACACCAACGAGAAGCCCUUCGGAUGCGGCGUCUGCAGGAAGUUCUUCGUGCAAAAGGCUCACUUGUGA